AAAUGAAAUAGGCAAGAGUGAUGAUAAAUGAAGAUGUAUUAUAAUCAAAGCUUUCUUUCUCUCCCGCAAAACAUGGCCAGCUACGUACGGGUGAAAGAAGCCAUUGUUGUCACUCCUUCCGAGCCCACCCCUUCCCGCAUCCUCUCUCUCUCCUCCCUCGAUUCUCAGCUCUUUCUACGUUUCCCCAUCGAAUACUUACUCCUCUACAACCACCACCGCCCUUCCUCCUCCACCGCCGCCGCCGCCCUCCACCGUCAAACCACCACCUCCACAAUCAAAUCCGCUCUCGCUCGAGCUCUAGUCCCCUAUUACCCUUUAGCAGGAAGGGUACGCCAUAACCAACAAGACCCAUCUAGACUCGAAGUCGUUUGUCGAGCCCAAGGGGCUCUAUUUAUCGAAGCCGUUUCCGAUUCCGUCGCCGGAGAUUUCGACAAGGCACCGAAAUCCGUUACCCAGUGGAGAAAACUGCUACCUUUUCUCGGCGCUGACGUUUUGAAAGGCGCGCCGCCUCUCGCUGUCCAGCUUACAUGGCUAGCCGACGGAUCGGCGGUUCUCGGAGUUGGGUUCGGACAUUGUUUGUGCGACGGCAUUGGCAGCGCCGAGUUUUUGAAUUUAUUCGGCGAUUUGGCUACCGGAAAGGUUAAACUCGGCGAGCUUAAACAGAAACCCGUUUGGGAACGGCACCUGUUGAAUUCGAAUCCGGAAACUGUAGAAGAUAUACUCGCCAGUCAUCGGAAUUAUCAUCCUGAGUUUAACCGGGUCGCCGAUCUAUGCUCAUUCGAAACCCGUUUUUCAGAAGAUGGGUUGACUCCGACAUCGACCAUAUUCGACGGGAGACGAUUAAACGAGUUACGAAAAAUAAGCGAAUCAUCUACAUUAUUCACAUCAUUCGAAUUGCUUUCAGCUCAUAUAUGGAGAUGCUGGGGCAGGUCAUUGAAUUUACCGGCGAAUCAGGUAUUGAAGCUUCUAUUCAGCGUGAAUAUCCGGGACCGAGUCAAACCGGGUCUACCCUCCGGGUAUUAUGGAAACGCGUUCGUACUCGGGUGUGCCCGGACGACGGUUAAGGAUUUGAGCGAUAAGGGAUUGGGUCACAUCGCCGGGUUAGUGAAGAAGGCGAAGGAGCGAAUCGGAGAUGAAUACGUUAGGGAGGUGGUUGAGUCGGUGAGUGGAGGAGUGAGUCCUGACUCGGUCGGGGUUUUGAUAUUGUCUCAGUGGUCAAGACUUGGGUUAGACAGGAUUGACUUUGGAAUGAAAAAGCCGGUUCAUGUCGGUCCAAUAUGUUGUGACCGGUAUUGCUUGAUGCUGCCGGUUCAUGAUCAGACUGACGCCGUUAAGGUUAUGCUGGCGGUUCCUCACGGUGCAGUGGACAGUUAUCAGUAUUUCAUCACAACUCCGUCCUCUUGAAUUUACCGCUCAACAUAUGACUUUUUCAUAUUAUUAUUAUUAUUAAAUAACCCUAAACCCAUUAAUUUAAUUGACUUCUUCUUUUUUA